GUUUCUUCACCAGCCCCGGAUUUUCCUACAACUCUUCCAUUCUAGCAAGGAAUGCAUCGUCAAAACUAGCAACGUUUUACGUGAGAGAAAUUGGAUGAGCGUAACUCUGGCUGAGUCUUGUGAGGCAUUUCGGACUGUCGCCGACGGUGCGGGCAAGAAUGUUGUGUAAGCCUUGAUUCAUACGCCGAGCUGGCCGGUGGGCGAUGAAAAGUGACAAGUAAAGAAUCCUCACGACUGUUUCGUAACUGGUGUAAUUUAGAUAAGUAUAGACUGCUCCCACUUCCACUUUGCCUUUUCUACAUCAAUCACAUCUCAUUCGCCGACGGAUUGUGUACUUUGGUUCAGAUCCAGACUCGCAGCAUCAACUGAACUCCAAAAACCCAGCUCGACUACACACAUCUCUUCAUACUUUCAACUCGGAUUCUCCAGACCUCAAACUUUCCGGGCGUCUCAACAGUCGUACCGCGACCAUGGCGACACCCUGCCAGUCACAAGCUGCCGCUCACUCACGCUCAAACGAUACAGCCGUUAAAGCAACAUGUCCAAACCAGCCUCGUCAGCUUACACCAUGCCAGCUUCGACAACAAAUGGCAUGUUCGAACACCGAAGCUCUACCCAAGUGGCUGAUUCCGGCGGACCGACGAGGCUGGCGACGCAUAGUGCAGAACUUCACACCAUCAUGGUUUGCUGUAACGAUGGGUACCGGCAUAGUGGGUAUCCUCCUUCACGCUCUCUCCACGCUCUACCCGUCAGUCCAAACACCCCUCAACAUUCUCAGUACCAUCUUUUUCGUCCUGAACAUCAUCCUCUUCGCCGUCAUCUUCGUAAUCAGCAUACUGCGCUACACACUCUACCCAGCAACAUGGACACUCAUGCUGCAACAUCCCGUGCAGUCUCUCUUCCUCGGUACCCUGCCCAUGGGCUUCGCAACGCUCAUCAAUCUUUUCGUCGCACUAUGCGUUCCUGCCUGGGGCGGCCGCACACCCUACGUAGCGUGGGGGAUGUGGUGGAUUGACGUUGCCGUCUCUAUCGCUUGUUGUCUGUGGCUGCCCUUCCAGAUGAUGACCACACAUCAAACACGCCACGAGACGAUGACAGCCGCUUGGCUUCUGCCUAUCGUUGCCCCGAUCGUUGCAGCUGCUUCCGGCGGCAUUGUUGCGUCCAUCCUUCCGGAUCCAAACCACGCAGUCAUUACCAUCGUUACGAGCUAUGUGCUCUGGGGUAUUGGUGUCCCACUGGCCAUGGUGGUAUUGACGAUGUACUUCCACCGUCUGGCGAUCCACAAGCUUCCACCACAGGAGGUCAUUGUCAGCGUCUUCCUCCCCCUAGGACCGAUGGGUCAGGGUGGAUAUGCCGUUAUGCAACUCGGAAUCCAGGCUGAAAAGCGCUUCCCUGACACUGGUACACUGCACUCCAUGUCUGGUGAGAUCUUGUACGUACUCGGCUGGGCGGUUGCCAUAAUACUAUGGGGUUUCGGGCUUGUGUGGCUGUUCUUCGCCAUUGCUUCGAUCAGCCAAAGCAGAUUCCCCUUCAACAUGGGAUGGUGGGGCUUUACCUUCCCGGUUGGGGUGUUCACCAUGUCCACGAUCACGAUCGGAGAGGAGCUGCCGUGUGCCUUCUUCAGAAUCCUUGGAACAGUGUUUGCAAUUAGUGUCAUGCUACUGUGGGGUGUGGUGGCUGCUGGGACAGUAAAGAAUCUGUGCUUUGGAAAGCUGGUCGAGGCGCCGUGCCUGAGAGAGAUGGAAAGGCGAGCUGCGGCCGCGGCGGCUGCAGCAGAGGAGAAGGCGAAGCAAGAUGUCUGAAUAAACAUUGCUAUCCUCGUAGUCUAGCUGUUUCGUUUGUGUUCAAU